CAAAAUUUUUUACUAGAACAGGGAAGAAGAGGUGACAUGAGCACUUCCAGUGCGCGCGCAUAAAAUAUCUUUAGUACUGCUGACACAUAAACUUGUUAGUAAUGUUGGCUCCCAUUAUGGCGAAGAAAAUGCAUUCAUGCCAAUAAUAAUGAUUUCAUUAAAUAAAUUUCAUCUCACUCGAGGCUAGUAAACACUACUACCAUGAUACAUUUAUUUAAACUCUACAGUGAAGAUUCUCCUACAUUUAAGUAAAAUUCAGGCUUCACUGAAUGAUGCCUGUUUGUUUUAUGUUUGAUAAUGAAAAUUUGGUUUGGCUAAAGUUGUAGUGUACUGACCUGGGCUUGUAAAUUGUAAGUAAACAGACAUACACGUUGAAAUAGUUAGAAAAUCGUAUAGCAUUCGUCGUGUAAAUAUUUUUGCGUAGGCAUUUUGAGAAACAAUUACAUUAAUUGCUUUCAUAAGAGCAUUUGACGUUAAUUACUCAAGAUAGAUCGAUAAAGUUUGUUAAUGUAUGGAUGAAGGAAAACCCUUUAUCUGUGGAAUAUACGCGCUGUUUAUUUUUUUGCAAUUUUUAUCUUUAUGAUUUUAGGGAUAAUGAACUUAAACAAUUUAUGCUACAAUGAUUUUGACAGGAAGUCUUUCUAGACGAUAUAUGUGGGUUGUGUGAUGUUUAUGAUCAUACAAAAACUUUAGUCCUUAUUUGCAUUCUUGUUAGACAAACUAAUACCUUGUGGAUUGAACAUAUAGUUGUAUUCUAGCCAUAUUUGUACAUGCAUGUAUGAAUCUUGGAUAAAGUGAUAACUUAUAAAGAGACGUUCAACAGUUUGACAUAACAUUUUUUCAACGUACGUUUGAUUGAACAAUGAGAAUCAGGAAGCAGAUAUCUUUACGUCAAUUUUGGUCUGGUCAUUCUACGGAAUUAAAGGUAACAGAUGAAGAAAUUUAUGAAAUUGUUUACAAGAGUUAUCGAAAGGAUUUAAGGAUAUCGAAGAAUCGUUACCAGAAUGUGGCAACCUAUGUUGACGAAGUUUUUUGUGCUCUUGCCAAAUAUGACAAAAGAUUUGAUUUUGAUCCAAUACCAUUUGAGGAUAAUCGCUGUGAGAUUAUCUCUAGCAGCGAAAUCAAACUGGUGUGUGAAUUGAAGAAUUUUCCUAACAAUUGUUAUAAAAUUGUCGGUGAUAUAGAAAAUGGUGAAGCUCAAAUAAGAAUGCUGGAAAAUGAUGAUGAAAGAAGCAGUGAAACAUCGUGGAAAGACAUGUAUACCAACGCUUCAAGAUCUGAGGAGAACUAUUUAAACACGAGAAAAUUACUUGAUAAUUUUACAACUGCCCUGGGACAAGCAGUUCGUGAUGUAUGGAACAAACACCGUAGUGUUGGUCUGGUGUACCGGGUAUCCGAUAAUCAAGCUCGUAUAUACAUUGAUAUCCCCGAAACGGGUUAUUUUUCCGUUACUUUAAUUCCUGCGGUUAAAAUCAAUGCAUACUCCACCAGUGGAACUGGCUCUACACUUGAUCUUAUCAGCAGUCUUGCUGGCCAAGAUCCUCACUUGCAAACUCUGCACGCAAUUGCACAACCAAGCGUUAACUUUCAUGACGAAUCGUGGAACAUUUGUUACGGAACAAUUGAAAAAACAGUGAUGAACGCUGAACAGUUUACAUGCGGUCGCGUGUGCUUACACGCAUUACGUCAUCUACUUGUCUCGUGCAAGUCUCCACGAUUUGGCUUACAAUCGCUAACUGAAUGGCAUUUGCGAACAGCUGUCAUUCAAGAGUUUACGAAGCUUCCUGAAGCAAAAGACUGGACACCAACGAAGUUCAUAAAGCGUCUGACAGGUACUUUAACGUCACUGAAGUCAUGUUUGCGAGAGGGAAUAUUCGUGAAUCAUUUAUCAGGGGCAAAUAUGCUGUCAAACUUUGAUGAAAAAUCAUUAAAGGUUUCAAUGAAAGAUGUUGAGCAUGCAAUGCAUAAAUUUCGAGAAAAGCUAACGCGUUGGGAGUUGAGUUGAACGAAGAGUAAACUGAAUCAACAAAACAAUCAUUUACAAAAUUGCGUGCUUUUGGAAGAUUUCAGGAAGGAUGCCUCGGAGAAAAAUCUUGACUUUUUUUACUCUAUCAAUACGUCCUUACGCCUCAGUGAAUCAAAGAUGCAGCGACAUUUCAAUAAAGCAGCGUUAUACAUCAACGACCUUUUUAUAACCAUGGGAAAUUUUGAUGUCAGAUACCAUUUUGAUCCAUUAUCAUUAGAAGAUUGUCGUUGUGAAGUGGCCUCGUACAAUGAAGUGAACUUGUUAUGUACAUUAAAGGAGUUUCCCUCGGAGGAAUGUAGCUUUCAGGUUGAUGGUAAAACUGGAGCUGUAAUGAUUAAAGUAUCCGAUGGUUACAACAGCAGGUAAAUUUUAUGAAUGGUGCAUAGUAUUAAUGAUAUUCAAUCUUAAAUACACGUUAUUGACAGACCAGGGAUGGUGAGCUGGGAUGAUGCAAUUAUUUUAAUACCAAACAAAGGACGAUAUCUAAGUACAAAAAAGCUUCAAAUGUCUCUAGUUGAAACAAUUCAUCUAGCACUUGGGGAAAUGUCGCAAGAACACGAGAACAUUACGAUAACUUGUAAAUGUUUGUUCAACCACAUUACCCUCAUUGUCAAUUUGAAUAUUUUUCACAAACUUUACAUUAAUAUACUACCAACAAUUUGCGUCAACCGAACUCUAAAGUCUAUGACCAGAUUUGACGAUAAGAUUCGAAAUGUAUUUCGUUCUUUUCUUUUGUCUGACAAAAAUGUUGAGAAAAUAGCUUUGGUUGCCAUACCAAUGUGCUCUGACGAACAAUUUCUGUGGUGCAUUACCUUCAACGAUAUGGAGAAUGGAAUUUUGAACAGUUCAAAUUUUGUGUGCGCUCAUCAUUGUUUGUACAUCCUGGAUCUUUUGUGUGGAGUCUAUCAAUCUCGGGAGAUGUGGAAUCUGUUACGUUAUCAUCUUCAAAAUGUUGUUCUUCUCGCGUGCAAGUCUCGCCCACAUCCAAAACAUUGGAGACCUGAGAAGUUUCAGAAACGUCUUAAGCAAGUAAUCUUAAUUCUCUGCAGUUGUCUUUGGAGAAAAAGAUGUCGAAAUGUGUUCACAAAUGUAAAUAUUUUCUCCCAUUUUGAUGACAAAAGUCUUAAGCAAUUGGCUACACAGUUAUCAAAAAUUAAAGUAAGCAAAGACAAAAUUGAGAAUGUUCUACAACAUUAAUUUGCUAAAACAAAAUGAACAACAUAUAAGUUAUUUACAGAUAAUAGUAUUCAUUGUCCUUAAAAUAAUUAUUAUUGCACUUGCGGGUCUGACAUUGUUAAAUUCCUUAACUUUUCCUUGAACUGUCAAUCGGUGCAAACUCAAACAUGUCGUUUUGUUUUUCCUCUAUAAAUAAAAUUGCUGAAAUUGA